AAAAAAUCUUAAAUAAAAAUAAACUUUAUUUGAGGAUUCCCCAUCGUUAUCACUAUAUUUAUUACGAAUAACAAUAUACUUAACAGUAACUAUAACGGACAGACAUAUAUGUAUCUACAGUUAAUUACUAACUACAGAUAUAUAAAGAUAUGACUAAAUAAAUUUAAUACAACAUAAAAAUCUACCUAAUCAUAAACAUUAAACAUAAACUGUCAUACGACAUACAGUAUAAUAUUACAUUUUGAUAUCUGAGUAACAGACAUUCAGACAUUAAUUAUUGUUAUGGUACCUACUACCUAUUCUUGCUCUGUUUAAACUGUUUUAGAACAAUCAUUAUUGAUUUCGUAUUUGACUAUUUUAUCUGAACCAUGAAUGAUUAUUCUAUUGAACCAGUAGUUGAUUCAGAAUUGUACGAAGUUGAAGAAAUUAGACACUUGUAUGACCUUUUUGAUGUUAUAAGUGUUCAUAAAGUACAAAAUCCAUUGCUUUGGGGCUUAUACACAUUAAGAAAAAAUGAAAUGGAAAUAAAUACAAAAAAUAUAAAGGUAAAUGAAUGGCUUUUAUAUCACGUUACUGCCACUAAAAAUGUUCAAUCAAUUGCUGAGAAUAAUUUAGACUGGCGUUUCACAAAUCGUUGUCGAUAUGGAAAAGGUGUAUGUUUUUCAUAUUGCCCUUUGUAUGCCAACCGAUAUGCAUCAUGUGCUCAGGGAUCAACUUCUGCAGUAGAUUACGAUGAAAAUCUAAUGCAUAUACUUAUUAAUAUGGGUUUUCCAAGAGAAGCUAUCAAACGAGCAUUAUUUUAUACUUAUAACCAAGGCCUACAAUGUGCGACGAAAUGGCUUAUGGACCAUAUUACAGAUAAUAAUUUUGCUGAACCUUUUGUUCCAUCCAGACAUGACUUCAAUAGUGAAAUUUCAAUUGAGCGAGCAUUUAUAAUUUGUCGAGUCUUAGUUCAAAGAACCAAAGAUGUUAAUGUCAAUUAUAAUUUGAAUGUUAUACCUAAUGUUUUUGAUACUGCUAAAUCAUUAAAUGGUAUGGUUUAUGUAAAAUUCAAUGAUUACGAAUUUUAUCCACAGUACAUUGUGUAUUACAGAGAACAUACAACAGAACAUAAUUUAACUCAAUACGCUGAUCCAUAUUCAUGUAAUUUCAAUUAUAACUAUUGUGCUGAUCAAUGAUAAUAGUAUAUCAUAAAUUGGUUAAUUUUGGAUUUUUUAAUUUAAAUUAUCGUAAUCUAUUUAAUGUUAACUGUAUUUUGACUUAUGCAUAUUAAUAGCAGCAACAUUAUUAUUACAGAUUAAUCGAUCAAACAUUAUAUAACUAAUAUAUCAAAGUAUUUUUAGUGUCAUGGUAUAUUUAUUAACUUAUAUUUUAUACUGAAUAAUACAAUGUUAGUUGUUAAGCGAACGUAUGAUUAAAAUUAAAAUAA